AGCUCGCAUCAAUCCCCUCAGAAAAUGCCUACCACAUAAAGUCGGAGAUUGUAUCGUGAAGCACAACGAAUGAAGAGAAACUGCCUGCUUUCAUUGACGUCGACGAAUCUGUGGAUCGUAUUCGUGAAGGCUUUCCUUCCUACGCACCGAUGAUGCUUUGACGUCAAUCUCUUUUACGCAGUCGCAAGGAAGGAGACGAACACCGAAACCAUCUCGCGCACGUAUUCCUUGUCCGCCUCUCUCAGCAACUCUGUUUGGCUUUAACAGCUCAAAUCUGUGUUGAUAACCUCUUACUAUAACAGUCGUAAACGACGAGCCACUGCCGAAGACGCACACGCCGUUUUGGUUAACGGUAAUACCGCGCGCUAUUUAAAGUAGCAGACUCCCUCCCCCCAUUUUUUUUUGAUUCGAACCUUUUCUUGGAGUUUGUUAGAGUGGAGAGGAGAGAGAGAGAGAGGGAUGGGGGAUUGGAGAACGGGAUGGGAGGGGAGGGGAGUGGGGAGGUGGUUGGGGUUCGUGACGGCGGUGUGGGUCCAGUGUAUCUCCGGCAACAACUACACUUUCUCCAACUACUCCGACGCGCUCAAGAGCCUGAUGGGCCUCACCCAGCUCCAGCUCAACAACCUGUCCGUCGCCAAGGACAUCGGAAAGGCCUUCGGACUCCUCGCGGGCCUCGCCUCAGACCGCCUUCCCACCCCGAUCAUCCUCCUCAUCGGCUCCGUCGAGGGCCUCGUCGGCUACGGCGCCCAGUGGCUGGUCGUCCGACAAUCCAUCCGCCCCCUGCCCUAUUGGCAGAUGUGCGUCUUCUUGUGCAUGGGCGGGAACAGCACGACGUGGAUGAACACCGCGGUGCUGGUGACCUGCAUCCGCAACUUCCGACGGAACCGCGGGCCGGUGUCGGGGAUCCUCAAGGGCUACGUCGGGCUCAGCACCGCCAUCUUCACCGAUAUCUGCUCCGCCUUGUUCGCCGACAGCCCCGCCGCGUUCCUCCUCAUGCUCGCGGUCGUCCCCGCCGCGGUUUGCACCGCGGCGAUGUUCUUCCUCCGCGAAUCGCCGCCUGCCGGAGACGACUCGGCGGCGGACCUCGACGGCGCCGAGGCUAAGUACUUCGGGGUCAUCAACGCGAUGGCGGUGGUGAUCGCGGUUUACCUCCUGGCCUUCGACCUCACGGGCCGCCACGGCGCGCUCGUGUCCAGGCUCUUCGCGGCGGGGCUCCUCGUGCUACUGGCGGCGCCGGCGGCGGUGCCUAUCCACAUAAGCCUGAAGGCGAGGUGCAGGCCGCGGGGCGGCGCGUCGGAGGACGGCGGGGUCAGCGAGGCGCCGCUGCUGGCCGAGGAGGCGGCAGAGGGGGAUGCGAAAAACGGCGGAGAGAUGAGCAGCCGUGAGGAUGAGGCGGAGGGUAAGGGGAGGCCGGAGAUCGGGGAGGACCACACGAUAGUGGAGGCGGUGAAGACGGUGGACUUCUGGGUGCUCUUCUCCUCGUUCCUGUGCGGCGUGGGGACGGGGAUGGCGGUGAUGAACAACAUGGGUCAGAUGGGGCUGGCCUUGGGCUACACCGACGUCUCUAUCUUCGUCUCCAUGCUCAGCAUCUGGGGCUUCUUCGGCCGCAUCACCUCCGGAACCAUCUCCGAGUACUUCAUCAAGGAACAUGCAACCCCGAGGCCUCUAUGGAACGCAGCCUCACAGAUCCUGAUGGCCGUGGGCUAUGUCGUCAUGGCUCUGGCCGUUCCCGGGUCGCUCUACAUCGGUUCGGUCGUGGUGGGGUUGUGUUACGGCGUCCGUCUCGCCGUCUCAGUGCCCACAGCAUCAGAGCUGUUCGGCUUGAAGUACUAUGGCCUCAUCUACAACAUCCUCAUCCUCAAUCUUCCGCUCGGCUCCUUCCUCUUCUCCGGUCUCCUUGCUGGCCUCCUUUACGAUUCUCAGGCGACCAAGACGGAAGGUGGGGCCAACACCUGCGUCGGAGCCCAUUGCUACAGGAUGGUGUUUGUGAUCAUGGCCCUCGCAUGCAUCGUCGGCUUCGGAUUGGACGUGGUGUUGGCAUUUAGGACGAAGAAGUUGUACCGACAGAUCCAGUCGAGCAAGAGAACGAGGAAAGCAGCGAGUCGGCAUCGGAUCACCAAAGGCUGAUGACACGAGUGUUUUUCUCUUCUUUCCUUAACUGUUCCCUGGUGGUGCUAAUAUGUGUGCACCGGAUGUCAACUUCUCUUUUACCACGAGGCCCGUAAGUAAGCAUUGUAGCCGUCGGUUUUAAGAUGCAACAUCAUUACUGUAAGCAGAAGAGAAAGGAACGAACACGACCUGUUUUUAAUAGCGCUUUUUUGUAAGCACAAGCAGCUGUUUGCUUGAAUAAAUAAUAAAACAAAUGCCUCGUGCAUGUGUUUUUUUAA